ACCGUGGCUGCCCUGGAGAGGAAGAGCCAGGGAAGAAGGCAGGAAGCAGAGGGGACCCCAGAACCUGUCCUUUAUUGGCCCCCCACUGUUUUGUUUGUUGAAUUCCUAUAUCAUCAACAUUAUUAUAUGUUAAUAAGUGUUUUCUUUUUCUUUUUUUUUUCUUUUUUCUUUUUGGUAUUUAAUGAGUUUGGAAACCUGCUCAUAUCUGUCCUCGUGAUGAAAAUGGAACCCCCCAAGCUCUCACUCAUAAAUGCUUGUUUCUCUCUCUAACUCCUCUCUCGUGGGUCCUCAGGGAGUUUCUUCGAAUUCUCUCUUUGGUUUAUGAUUCUGUAAUAAGGAGUUUAAAAGAGAAGUCUUUUAUCUUCAGAAAGGAGAUUGAUUUGAGUAGAGAAUGAUGGGUAUCCCUCCUCAUGACUCAGAUUGCCCUGAAUUUGUAGAGGUUGAUCCUACGGGGAGAUUUGGCAGGUAUGAUGAGGUCCUGGGCAAAGGCGCUUCGAAGACAGUUUACAAGGCAUUUGAUGAGUAUGAAGGGAUGGAGGUAGCAUGGAACCAAGUGAAGCUGUAUGACUUUUUGCAGAGCCCGGAUGACUUAGAGAGGCUCUACUGUGAGAUCCAUCUCUUAAAGACCUUGAAGCACAAAAACAUCAUGAAAUUCUAUGCAUCAUGGGUUGAUGUCUCAAAGAGGAACAUCAAUUUUGUCACUGAGAUGUUCACCUCUGGCACCCUCAGGCAGUAUAGGCAAAUGCACAAGAGGGUUCAUAUUAGAGCAGUUAAGCAUUGGUGUAGGCAGAUCUUGAUGGGUCUUCUCUAUCUCCAUGGUCAUAAUCCCCCCAUCAUCCAUAGAGAUCUCAAAUGUGACAAUAUAUUCAUCAAUGGGAAUCAUGGGGAAGUCAAGAUUGGCGAUUUGGGACUAGCCGCUAUCCUCCGCAAAUCACACGCGGUUCAUUGUGUAGUAGGCACGCCGGAGUUCAUGGCUCCUGAGGUUUAUGAAGAAGAAUACAAUGAAUUAGUCGACAUUUAUUCCUUUGGUAUGUGCGUGCUGGAGAUGGUUACUUUUGAAUAUCCGUAUAGUGAAUGCACUCAUCCUGCCCAGAUAUACAAAAAAGUCAUCACUGGGGCAAAGCCAGAUGCAUUGUAUAGAAUAAAGGAUCCUGAGGUGAGGCAAUUCAUUGAGAAAUGCCUUGCAGCAGCCUCUGAGAGGUUAUCAGCAAGGGAGCUGUUAGUGGAUCCUUUUCUCCAAACCGAUAAUAUUGGCUCUGGUUAUUUGGAACCUGAUAUUAUUUCAAUGGGCCCCAUAUCGAGGCAGCCUUCUUGUGGUUCACACCAUAGUAAUGGUUAUUUGAUUGCUAAUGGAUCCUCCGACGAUCUUCAGCAUGAAUCAGAUGUGGAUAAUGAUUGGGAGGAUAAUUCAGCUUAUUGUGAGAAACACGGUAUUGACCUUUUUGAUGGUGAUGAAGAUGAGGAUGAGGAUGAGAGCGUUGCAGAUGUUGAUAUUGCGAUUAAAGGAAGGAAAGGAGAUGAUGGGGGUAUCUUUAUUAGGCUCAAAAUUGGCGAUAAAGAAGGACGUGUACGAAAUAUCUACUUCCCUUUUGACACCGACACUGAUACAGCACUUGGAGUCGCAGCAGAAAUGAUAGAUGAAUUGGAUAUAACCGAUCACGAGGUUACAAGAAUUGCAGAGAUGAUUGAUGGAGAGGUUUCUUCCUUAGUACCUGAGUGGAAAGCUCGCAUGGGUAUUGAAGAGAUUUCGAGCUUUCCAGAUACGCCAUGCUUUAAGAAGCAAAAUCAGUUCGAAGAAAUAAGUUGCAGAGUUGAGGGAGCACCACAAGGAUCAGAAGAGAGCCACUCCGAUCAAGAUUGUGAUAAUGAGCCAGUAAUAAUAAACAUGGACAAUGAAUCACAGAAUUACAUAAGAAAAUCUCAUGAUUAUGAGAACAAGAUCCCUAAAGAUCCACAACUGAUGAAAUCAAUGUAUCGGAUGAGGGUUAAAGAUUUUAGGAGACAACGAUCAGGGAGGAGGAGAAAUAUGAAUCUAUCAUUGGAUCUUGAUAAAGAGGCCACAAAUGGGCGUAAGUUUGAGACUUAUAGACUACCAAAACCUAUAAAGUCCUUUCAUUUGGGUAGAAGAUUCUCAUUUCGUCGCCCUGAUGUGGAUACUGAGAAGUCUGCUGGUGGUCAGCCUGACGAGGGAGCUCAAAGGGUUCGAGAUGAAGAACUGAAUCCUGAUUUUGCCUUAGAGAAGAUGUUCAUAGGAAAUGGAUGCUAUAAUGGGGAUCCAGUGCCUACUUCUCUCUCAAGAGCCAGGUCUCUAUGCAUUUAGAUGCUGCUUUUUUUUAGAUCUUUGUGGGUAUUAGCUCAGAAAAGGUAUAUGAAAUGAUGUGGGAGAUUUUCUGAAAACUAUAGAGCUGUAAACCACACCCAUGCAUUGUAUUUUACAUCAUAAUAAUAGACAUAUAUUUCAUAGUUUGAAGAA